GAGGAAGCAGCAGCCGGAGGAGAAGAAGAAGAAGUAAAGCAGCAGGAGCAGCAUCACCCUCGUGUGCAGUGUUUUUGUUGUUUGGAGCCAUCAUGGCGGCUCCUCUAGAAGUGAUCGUUAGCAGUGACUCCGGCUCUCAGCUCUGGAACUGUACCGUGUUUGAUCUGCACAGCGGCUCCAGCCUGCUCUCUUACCGGGGAGGGAACAGCUCUGCCCGGACACUCACCGUCCUCAGCGGGGGGUACCUGAUGUCUGCUCAGCUGGGGAAGAACUUCAUCAACCUGUGGGAGGUCCAGAGGAAGGAUCAGCUGGUGCAUAAGAUCGUGUGUCCAGGUGUGAUCACUAGUCUGACCGCCUCACCUAACGGACUCUUCCUUGCUGCAGCCGUCACUGAGGCCAUCUACCUGUGGGAGGUAUCUACAGGUAAGCUGCUCUCAGUCCUCAGCCGUCAUUAUCAGGAUGUCACCUGCCUGAAGUUUACAGAUGACAGCAGCCAUUUUGUUUCUGGAGGGAAAGACAACCUGGCCCUGGUGUGGAGUCUGAGCAGUGUGAUCCAGAUGGAUUUAAACCACACCCCUGAACCACGGCAUGUCCUGUCUCGCCACUCUCUUCCAAUCACAGACCUGCACUGUGGCCUGAUGGGAGCUCAGGCCAGGAUCGCCACCGCCUCCCUAGAUCAAACCGUCAAGGUGUGGGAGCUGUCCUCAGGUGAACUGCUCCUCUCCAUCCUCUUUGAUGUGGAGAUCAUGUCCGUGACCUUUGACCCCUCUGAGUACUUCCUCUUCUGUGGAGGCAGCGACGGCAACAUUUUCCAGGUGUCUCUGAGCAGCCAGAGUCUCAGUCGGGAAAAGUCGUUCACAUCAGACAACGAUGGGAACCAGGUCUUUAAAGGACACAGGAAUUUGGUCACAUGUCUGUCGGUGUCCAUGGACGGGACUCUCCUCCUGUCAGGGUCACAUGAUGAGACCAUUCGACUUUGGGACAUUCAGAGCAAACAGAGUAUCCGCUGCCUGGCCCACAAAGGUCCAGUAACGAACGCCAUCAUCAUGCCGGCCCCGGCAAACAUGUUCCUACCUGACAGUCGGCCAGCCCUCCCUCUGCCUCGCUUCGGCCGACACCUGCACGCCGCCGACGGUGACGGAGGGGAAGCGGGGGAGGUGUGCGUGCGGAUCGGACUCUACACGCAGGAGGAGGAGGAGUCUUACCUGCAGAAAGCUGAUAGGCUGAAUUGUUUGAUAAACGCUGUGACAGACAAGUCGGUGUUUGGAGACGGAGAGAACUCAAAGGUUCGUGUCGCUGAGCUUGAAGAGGAAGUUCAAACUCUGAAGAAAGUGAACAAAGAUCUGUACGACUUCAGCAGUCAGCUGCUCACAAAGCCCACAUAGACACACGCAUAUAAAACACACACAGAAUACACACAACAGACACUAACAAUACACACAUCAGGGUUGGAAAUUUACUUUUUCACCUAACUGAUCCAAAAAUCUACCAGCCAUUCACAUCUUUUUUACCAGGCCUUUCAUUUUGACGAACAGCAUCAUUUACUGAGGUCUAAUAUGAAAAUCAAGAAUUAUUAUUAUAGGAAAGUAUUCUCAAGAUCUUGUUUCUCAGACAAGAUCUGUAAGUUAAGGGGGUGUUGGGGCACUAGUGACUCAAACUGUCACUCAGUUUAAACUGUGUUUUCCAGUUUGUCCUCUGCCUGUCCACGCAAAAUUUUGUGUGACAAACAUGCAAAAUUCCUGCAAUUUCACACCAGAAUUCAGGCCUUGUUUGACUCUGAAAACAGAACAGUUGCUGCACUACCAAUAUGACACUGAGUAUAACCAUCCCAGCACACAGCUGACUGUACAGGAGAGAGGGGGCGGGUCUCUUUGGUCAGUUAGUGAUUAAGUCUGCUCAGUUCUGGUCCUAGAACUGUUAGAAGCAAGCCAGAGAACUGACUUUAUUUAUGUUGUUACUUUUAUUUGCCCGCCUCAGUGGCUGGUAGGGUGGGCAAAUGUACCUGACACUGCUCAAAAAUACCCACAUUUGGCUGUAAUCAACCCUGGUACACAUACAGAAGGCACAACAGACACACAAUGAACUCACUUUUUUUUUUUUAAAAAGCACAAUAACACCCACAUAAAUGAUCACACUUUGCCACACUAGAUAGAUACAAACAUUUUCAAACACAUAAACCCAAACAAUGUCAUGUGACUUUUGUCGUUUCAAAUAAAACAUUGUUUUUUUGUACGA